AUGACUAAAAAUAGAGGAAAAAAGGCGUCUGGGAAAUCAAAACAACAAAAGAAACCAACAAGUGAAAAGCGUGCUGAAAAUAGACAGGUUAGCGCUCCGAGCAAUGAAGAAACUAGUGAGUUAUCAAAUCCACCAGAAUCUGUAGUCCCUUCGACCUCAUCUGAAUCGAACAUUACAAAAGUUACAAAAGACAAGAUUCAGAUGAAAGUGAAUGCAUGCGAAAUAAUUGCAACACCCAGCACAUCAAUAUCGUUUCCAGGGCCCUCUCAAACAAUAGAUACGCCAGAAGACAGAAGACGAAUAGAAGUAGAAAUUCUAAUAGAUAACGUAAAUAAUUGUCAAAUUUCAUCAAUACCGGUAUUAUCCGCGCCAGCUAUAGUUUUGCAUGAAAAUAUAGAUCCCGAUGUAGUUUCUAAAUGGCCCCGUAUACGCAAAUCAAAAGUGCCUUGCAUAUUUUUACACCAACCGAUCGACUUUACACGUCAUAUUGAAAAUCUUGUUUUGUUAGGAGUCCGUUUUUAUUUCCCAAAAAUUACUAAAAUUUAUAGCAAAAUUCUAUGUGAAACGAUUGAAGAUCACAAAAAAUUAAUGAGGUAUUUUGAAAACAAUGAUUUACCCCAUCAUACUUUUUGUUAUCCUCCGAAGAAAUUUGUAAAAGUUGUAAUCAGAGGUCUAUCCGACAAUGUGGAUUUGCUUAAUUUGAGAGUUGCUUUGAGAGCUUCUUCGAUACCAGUAAAAAGAGUUCACAAAAUGCUCGUAAAGGAUCCUCAGAAUAGCAAAACGUUCAUAUUAGCAGUCAUACCACUAAAAACCGAAGCAAUGAAAUUGUUCAAGAUAAAAAGCAUUUUCGGUCAAGAAGUAACGAUUGAACCACCUGAUGCGAAACCCAAGCAAUGUCACCGGUGUCAAAGAUGGGAUCAUAAUCAGCGAUUUUGCCGUGGGGAAAUAAAGUGCGUCAAGUGUGCGGGUAACCACUGGUCCAUAGACUGUACACUAGAUCCUAAAACAAACCCUCCGAAGUGUGCAAACUGUGGCCGUAGACACACGGCUAACUUUAGACGUUGCUCUUUCUGUCCACAAUCUAGAUUAUAUAAACUAAGAAAAAAAAUUAAAGAAACCUUGAGACAAAUCACCCCGCCGAAUAGGCUUUACUCUGAAAUAGUAACCAUUGAUAACUGGAGAAAUAUAUUCAAUUACGUAAAUUAUUUUAGAUUAGAAACCAAUGUACCUCCGGAUUAA